UGUCACAGAUGAAGUCGACUCACAUUGUCUGUACGGUCUUCCAUUUGGUAACCUGACUGGCACUGUGCAUUAUAAGCAUCAGAGAAUCCUGAGAAUAAUUUCAGAACUGUUUUUAUACUGAUGAUUCCAGAAUCAGUUGCAAGGUGAAAUACUGCUCAUGUUUCCAUUUAGCAAGAAAGAAGUAAAUGGGAAUAAAAAUGGACUUGAACGCUCGAAGUUACUUACUUCAGAACUGCAAAUCUCUGGAAAGAGAUAUCAAAACUUCUUACAUAAUGGAUCAUAUGAUUGCGGAUGAGGCGUUAACGUUACAAGAGGAGGAGAAAGUGAAAGCCCAGACUUCCCAGAGGGAACGAGCAGCUAUGCUUCUAGAAAUAAUCCUCACCAAAGAUAAUCAUGCGUACAUAUCCUUUUAUAAUGCUCUGCUUCAUGAGGGCUACAAGGAUCUUGCUGCCCUUCUCCAAGAUGGCAUCCCUAUUAUUUCACCUCUUAACGGAAAGAAUCCAGUGGAUGGAGUGACCUCAUACGUUAAGACUGUCCUUUGUGAAGGUGGAGUUCCACAGCGACCGGUAGUCUUUGUCACUCGUCCGGAACUAACAAAAACAAUCCAACAGAAACUGUACAGGCUAAAAAGUGAUUCCGGAUGGGUUAUUGUUUAUGGAAUGGCAGGGUGUGGAAAGUCUGUCUUGACAGCAGAAGCUCUACGUGACCACAGUCUUUUGAAAGACUGCUUCCCCGGGGGAGUCAACUGGGUUUCUGUUGGCAAACAAGACAAGACAGGACUGCUAAUGAAACUCCAAAACCUGUGCAUGAGACUAGACCAAGACUUCACCUUUUUGCAGAGGCCGCCGCUAAACAUAGAGGAAGCUAAGGAUCGCCUUCGUUGGCUGAUGCUACGCAAAUACCCAAGGUCUCUCUUAGUACUCGAUGACAUUUGGGAUUCCUGGGUAUUAAAAGCAUUUGACAGUCACUGCCAGAUUCUUAUCACCAGCAGGGACAGAAGUGUGGCAGAUUCUGUGAGUGGCAACAAAUAUGAAGUUCCUCUGGAAAGUGGGUUACCACACGACAAAGCACUUGAGAUUUUAUCUCUGUUCGUUAAUAUGGAAAUAGUGGAGCUGCCGGAAAAAGCUGAUAGUAUUGUAAGAGAAUGCAAAGGUUCUCCCCUUGUGGUGUCAUUGAUAGGAGCGUUGCUACGAGAUUUCCCCAACCGCUGGGAUUACUACCAUAAACAACUUCAAAAUAAGCAGUUCAAACGAAUAAGGAAGUCGUCCUCUUACGAUUAUGAAGCGCUCGAUGAAGCAAUGUCCAUAAGUGUUGAAAUGCUGCGGAAAGAUCUUAAAGACUACUACACAGAUCUUUCUGUCCUUCAAAAGGACAUUAAAGUGCCUUCAAAAGUGUUUUGCAUCCUUUGGGACAUGGAGACUGAAGAAGCUGAAGACAUACUGCAGGAGUUUAUUAACAAAUCUCUCUUGUUUUGUGAUCGGAAUGGAAAAUCGUUCCGUUACUAUUUGCACGAUCUUCAGCUCGAUUUCCUUACAGAGAAGAAUCGCUCCCAGCUUCAGGAGCUACAUAAAAAGGCAGUCCAUCAAUACAAGAGACAUUAUAAACAUUCUGUACCGAAUCCGUCACAAGAGGACUGCAUGUAUUGGUAUAAUUUUCUGGCUUACCAUAUGGCGAGUGCUGAUAUGCAUGAGGAACUGUGUGCCCUCCUGUUUUCACUAGACUGGAUUAAAACAAAAACAGAACUGUUGGGGCCUGCUCAUUUGAUCCAUGAAUAUGUUGAAUAUAGUCGAAUACUGGAUCAAAAGGAUACCAUUGUACGUGAAAACUUCCAGGAAUUUCUGUCUUUAAACGGACACCUCCUUGGAAGACAGCCAUUUCCAGACAUUGUACAGUUGGGAUUGUGUCAGCCUGAAGACUCAGAAGUGUAUCGGCAAGCAAAACUACAAGCCCAACAAGAAUGUGCCAAGGGAUCCCUUUAUGUGGAAUGGAUAAAUAAAAAAUCCAUGAAGAACAUCUACCGUUUGGUUGUGCGUCCACAUAAAGAUGCCGUUUACCAUGCUUGUUUUUCCCAGGAUAGACAGAGAAUAGCAUCAUGUGGAUCUGAUAAAACAUUGCAGAUUUUUAAAGCAGAAAGUGGUGGAAAGCUCCUGGAAGUAAAAGCUCACGACGAUGAAGUGCUCUGCUGCGCUUUUUCCGCAGAUGACAAGUUUGUUGCCACUUGUUCCGCGGAUAAAAAAGUGAAAGUCUGGAAUUCACGAACGGGUCAGCUUGUGAAUUUAUUUGAAGAACAUACCGAACAGGUCAACUGUUGCCAGUUUAACCACAUGAACCGCCACCUGUAUCUGUUGGCUACCUGUUCCAAUGAUACUUUUAUCAAACUCUGGGAUUUGAACAAGAAAUACUGCCGUAACACAUUGUUCGGCCACAUGAAUUCCGUUACUCACUGCAGAUUCUCACCAGAUGACAAGUAUAUGGCUAGUUGUUCAACAGAUGGAACUUUGAAGCUUUGGCACGUGGAUUCUGCAAAUGAACUGAAGACUAUUGACAUGAGAGACUACUUCAAGAGUACGGAUGAAUAUUAUGAUGAUGUGGAAGUGUUGGUGAAAUGCUGCUGCUGGUCAUCAGAUGGCGCUACAGUAAUUGUGGCAGCCAAAAAUAAACUUUUUCUGUUUGAUGUCAAGACCAGCGAUUUAUUGGCAGAGAUCCUUAUAAAUCCCCACAGCACUAUUCAGUACUGUGAUUUUUGUCCCAACAGUCAACUGGUAGCAGUUGCUUUAUCACAUUAUUCUGUCGAGAUAUGGGAUAUUAAGACCUAUUCCAGAACAGCUGACUGCCGAGGACAUAUGAGCUGGGUGCAUUCUGUGACAUUUUCGCUCGAUGGGUCUUUAUUUCUGACGUCUUCUGAUGAUCAGACAAUUAGAAUUUGGGAGACAAAUAAGGUGUGCAAAUCCUCUGCUGUGGUGUUAAAACGUGAAAUAGACGUUUCGUUUCCGGGUAAUGAAGUGAUCGUUUUAGCCAUUGACAGUCUGAAGCGUCUGCAGCUAAUUAACGGAUGCACAGGCCAAACUCUGUAUCAGACUGGUCCACAGGAGCAUUUCAUUUGUUGCUGUUGCCUGAGUGAAGAUCUGCAGAUGGCUGCGUUUGGAGACAAGGAUGGGACAGUAAAGGUAUUGAGCCUAUCAAGUGGGAAAAUUGUAAAAUGCAGAAGUGGACACCGGAAGGCCGUACAGCGUUGUCAGUUUACUUCUGACGGGCAGACGCUUCUGUCAAGCUCCGAUGAUUCUACCAUUCAGGUAUGGAACUGGCAGUCAGAUGACUCUAUUCUCCUGAAAGGUCAUACAGAAUCGGUCAAGAAUUUCCGGCUUCUGGAAAUCUCCAAGCUUCUUUCGUGGUCAUUUGAUGGGACAGUUAAGCUCUGGAACAUAGCUACUGGAGAAAUGGAGAGAGACCUUGCUUGCCACGAAUAUGCUAUUCUUUCUUGUGCUGUUUCACACGAUGCCACCAGAUUUUCUACUGCCUCUGCUGACAAGACUGCCAAAAUAUGGAGUUUUGAAAGUUCGUCUGUUCUUCACAUAUUAAGCGGCCAUGAAGGUUGUGUGAGAUGCUGCACCUUCUCCCUUGAUAAUGAACUGCUGGCCACAGGAGAUGACAAUGGAGAAAUACGGAUUUGGAACGUCUCAAGAGGCGAGCAGCUACACCUCUGUUCCCGUACACCAAUAGAUGAUGGCGAAUCAGCACACGGAGGCUGGGUCACAGACCUUUGCUUUUCUCCAGACAGUAAGAUGCUUGUUUCUUCGGGGGGAUACAUUAAGUGGUGGAAUGUGGAUUCUGGCCAAGCCCGGCAGACCUUUUACACCAAUGGCACCAAUCUGAAAUUCCUCCACGUGUCUCCAGAUUUCAAAGUGUGUGUGACUGUCGAUAACCUUGGAAUCCUUUAUGUGCUGCAGAUUAUGGACUAUGGACUAUAAAACAGGAUCAGACGGCUUUUGAAAUGGCAGUAUUUUGAGCCAGAAGCAAGUUCCACAGACUUUCACGCACUCAUUUCAGCUGUGAAGGGAUCUCAUGAGUUAUACGGGUCUGUUUGCAGGACACGUCGGUGAACGUUUUCAGAUCAGCGUAAAGUUUACCUUGUGUUUGGUCUAAAGUGCGAAGGAUUUCCCACUGUUAUAAUUGAGAAAUGUUUCGACAAACUGUUGCACUAGUGAUCAUCAAAGGCAGCUUAAUAAGGGUGCAUAGUACAGAACAAAGUUUGAGUCCAGUGGCACCUUUAAGAGUCAAGGUAUAAGCUUUCGUGUGCAAUC